AUGUGCGGAUGGGCGCCGACGCGGGGGGCCCCGGCCCCACGGCCCGGCGGCGGCGGCGGCGGCUGCUUGCUGCUGCUGCUCCUGGCGUCCUGCGUGCCCACCGGCCGCCCAGCCCUCGGGCCGCCCGCCGCGCCGCCGGGGGCCGCCAACGCCUUGUGCGCCGCCGCCUCGGCCCCCGGCGCGGGCAGGCACGUGCGCAGCUACAACCACCUCCAGGGGGACGUGCGCUGGAGGAAGCUCUUCUCCUUCACCAAGUACUUUCUCAAGAUCGAGGACGGCAGGGUCAGCGGGACCAAGAAGGAGAACUGCCCGUACAGUAUCCUGGAGAUAACUUCAGUGGAAAUUGGAGUUGUUGCCGUCAAAGCCAUUAACAGCAACUAUUAUUUAGCCAUGAACAAGAAGGGGAAGCUCUAUGGCUCAAAAGAAUUUAACAAUGACUGUAAGCUGAAGGAGAGGAUAGAGGAACAUGGAUACAAUACCUAUGCCUCCUUUAACUGGCAGCACAACGGGAGGCAAAUGUACGUGGCAUUGAACGGAAAAGGAGCUCCCAGGAGAGGACAGAAAACACGCAGGAAAAACACCUCUGCUCAUUUUCUCCCGAUGGUGGUGCACUCAUAGAGGGAGGCAGUGCUUGCAGAUGCAGAGUAACCAAAGGCUCUUCACCAGGCAGAGCUGGUGUUCUUCACGAAGACAGUAGCUCAGAAGGCAAAGACACAUUGCAAGUGUCUGCUUGCUUGAAAGAAAGGAAGCCUUUGAAGGGUUUUGUGCUCUCUGCUGACAUAUGACGUUCUCUUAAUUAGCUCUGUGUCCUGCUUUGUAAUUGAGAUGUAAGCGGAUCAAACGGGAUCGAAGUUAUCCCUAAGUGAACAAUAUGGUGGCUGAGUUUUGGGUUAAGUUUUUGUUUAUGUUUUGUUU